GGGAACAAACGCGGUUCACCUGUCUGCGCCUCCCGAAGUGCUCUCCUUUUCCAAAGGUUUUGGGAGCUCGCAGGACAGAAAAUACGGUAACUCAUCCAGGCAGUGUAGAAACAAAGAGAGAAAUAUGGUAACGCGCACCUACAUUUCCAAGGCCAUUCCUUCUGAACACAUAUAUAUGUAAUGGGUGUGGGAACCUAGCGAUAAAGACGUGAGUAAAAUGCCCCCGCUACGUACCGCAAUGAAGAAAGAGAGGAAAAUUUUAAAAGGUGCUUGAGGAACGGAAGAGAAAUGCUGGCAAUUCAAUGCUAACACAAGCCCGAAGUCUCUGUUCAAUUGAACUGUAAGAGGUUGAGUUCCUGCCUGGCGUUUGCCCGGUAGCCGCAUCCCACAACAAGGGCGAACAACGGAAUUGAGUUUUCUCCUGUCCCCAAACUUUACCCUGAGGAAAGCGGAUUAAGGACGGAGUUCACUGACACUGCGUUUUGAGAAAGACGGAAAGGAAAAAGAAGCCCUUCAGUAAACAACAAAGCUCUCCUUUACAAAUGUUGGUUUCCCAAGGUGGAAAAUCCACAAACUGAUUUCCGUGCCCUCAAUUUUUCCUCUCCCCACCGCCACCAAAUCAGAAGUAAAUCGGAGCCCUGAAGUCCUCUAGGCGCGCCUCUUAAUGACCCCUCGGAGGAGCGGUAUGGGUGAUGUCAUAGCAGCGCGACGACAGGAAGUAAGCUCCUGGGCUGCGGUGCUGCGCGGAGUCCCGAGCUCCUGAGUCUGAUAGCACCGCGAUCUCCUCUCCCUUCUUCUCGCCGCCAUGGAUAAUGCCUGCGAGUCGCCCACGGAAAAAGGUGGAGAGACAGGGGAGUCAGAUGAGACGGCCCCUGCUCCUGGGGGCCCGGGGGUUACUGACACGGACGGAAUCCCGGAGGAAACUGACGGAGACGCAGAUGGGGAAUUGAAGGAGGCCUCGGCUGAAGAAGGCGAGCUCAAGAGUCAGGAUAUCUCAGAUUUAACAGCAGUUGAAAGGGAAGACUCAUCAUUACUUACUCCUGCAGCCAAAAAACUGAAAAUAGAUACCAAAGAAAAGAAAGAGAAGAAGCAGAAAGUGGAUGAAGAUGAGAUUCAAAAGAUGCAAAUCCUGGUUUCUUCUUUUUCUGAGGAGCAGCUGAACCGUUAUGAAAUGUAUCGCCGGUCAGCUUUCCCUAAGGCCGCCAUUAAAAGGCUGAUCCAGUCCAUCACUGGUACCUCUGUGUCUCAGAAUGUUGUUAUUGCUAUGUCUGGUAUUUCCAAAGUUUUCGUCGGGGAGGUGGUAGAAGAAGCACUGGAUGUGUGUGAGAAGUGGGGAGAAAUGCCACCGCUACAACCCAAACAUAUGAGGGAGGCUGUUCGGAGGCUGAAGUCGAAGGGGCAAAUUCCCAACUCGAAGCACAAAAAAAUCAUCUUCUUCUAAACCACAGUCUAGAAGGGCCUGGUACUGAAGGAAGAAGUACUCAUUCCAGACUUCCUAUUGCAUGAGACUCUCUGCACUGGUGCUUUAGUAUCUCAGUCCUCGAAGGAUUCCAUGAUGCUUUAAUGUCUUCCUCAAAACUCUGAUAUUCAUUACACCUUGAAGGCAUGCAGCCUGUUUCAUACUUGCCUUGACUAAAUGUUGGGACCUCUGAGGGCAAUCUGAGGCAUUUAACUAUUACUGGCUAGUUGGAAGAAGAAAGGUUGAUGAGCCUUAAGCAUCUUCUGGACAGGAAUGCUGCUUUCAGAAAGAAAACGCUUCCAAGACGGUUUGACGGUUUCACAUUGAAGCCUGAAGUUGCAAUGACUUAGGUUGUUUCUUACAUUUGGUUUUAAGUAAAUGAAACAAUCAGAAACUUUUGACUUGUGAUACUCUACCGUGAAGGACACGGUGACAGCAGUAGUGGAAUAGUCUGUCCUUGUAAACAUUUUGGUGAGUGAUCAUUAAACUGUUUUCCAACUUGCCAAGUGUGCAUUCAUUUUCUGGCUAGCAGGUUGGAAUGGUGGGGAGAAGUUCAUCGUUCUUUUUUGGUGUCAGAAUAAAACUGGUCUUGGCUUUUUUGUGAAAAUUUGAGCCCUCCCCAUUUCCUACCAGAACCAUUAAAAUUUUAUCUCAUAAAAGAGUACUUAAAGUACUUAAAAACAAUGUAAAAACCCAUGUUUCAAUUGCUAUAAACAGAUAUACCAGAACCAAUACUGUUUAAUAAGUUUAAUUUGCUUUUUUCAAGUGGUUCACAGAACCAGUACACUCAAGGUUUGAUUAGAUACUGUAACAUUAAUAUUUCCCAAUACUGACCAAUAUUCCAGUUCAUUGGAUACAUUCUCAUUGUUUUCCUCACGUAGAGGGGAAUGGAGUGACCUUUUAUUGACAGUGAUUAGCAGUAAUAAGGCUACUGUAAUAUAAUUGGCAAUCCCCAAGAAUUCUUUCCUCUCAAUCAUUUGGUGUCAUAAGGAGAGGGGUUUUGAAGCUGUUCUCUUUUGAAGCUUUCCUGAGCAUGUCUUAGUAAAGAUUCCAAUUCUGUUUAGCACCCUGAGUGGGGAAAACAGCCUGGACACACAAAGUUGGGCAAAUCUGGAUUUUCGUAUCUUACAUUAAAACUCAUGGCUUUAAACAUGUAGUUAGCCAAUGGAGAAGACACUUAAGUAGUGUAUUCCACAAAGAAAUGCUGUAAGACUCAGGCUAAAUCUUGACCAAAAACUAAUAUAUUGAAGGGAGAAACAAAAACAGAUCUUCUCUCAGCUCUCAGAGGGAGCUUUUUGAGUGGUUAUAAGAACUAUACCUAUUGCAAUUUGAGAUACUGGAUAAGGCUGAAAUUUACAAAUAAUAAAGAAGGAAGUUCACAUCCCAAGUCUAGCCACUUAGCAAAGCCUCACAGUUUAAGGUUAUCUGAGAGUGUUUCCCCUUGUAUCUGUUUUAAGAGAGGGAGAAAAUAAUCCCCAUUCAACAACAGCUACUAUCCAUACCUACCCAGAGGUGAAUGGGAAUAUUACUAUUCUAGCAGAAGGUGGGGAAAGAUCCUGGGGAAGGCCAUAGUCCCUGAAAGGAUAGGACAUCACACCAGAAUCUCUUGAAACACAGUAAUUACUAUGGUAAAUCACAAGGCAAUGACACAGCUCCUGCAGUUCUCAAAUAACCAGUUGUCAUCCUACUAGCUUGUGUAGCAAUGUUGUUUCCAUAGUUUUGUGAUAUUACUAUAACUGUUUUUGGAAGAUUAGGCAAGUAUUAAAUAGGGGAGAGAAAAAAAAAAAACACUUAAAGGUUUGGAAUGGAAACUUCCCAUAUCACUAUGUUCAAACUACCUCUUCUUUCCACUACCCCCGAACUAGCCUAUGGGGAAACUGAUGUAAAUGGGUUAAAUGGAAGCAUUUAAGUUAUGGGGUAUGUGAGGGGUGGCUUAUCCCUUGUAUAUUCCAUAGACAGGAACCAUUCCUUUCAGAACCAUGAAAAAGGGUACGUAAAGGCUGAGGCCUGUGGCAAAAUGAGGGUCAGAUCAAAUACACAGCAGAAAGCAGCCAUCACGAGAACAGAACCUACUCCUUCUGUCCUAAGUCUAAUAAACUAGGUUAAUUAUUCCAGUGAGUUGAGAACAGAAUUUGAGAUUGAUAACCGUCCCUGCAGCUCAGCUAAGAGAGAUUUAAACCAGUCCAUAUGCACAUCUCUAGUAUAUCUGUGUAAACAGGAACUCUAGACAAUCAUAGAUGAUACAUAGGUGUAAAUGCUUCACAGCUGAAAUGGUGGUGUGCGGUGGCUGAAGUCUUUUGAGGGAUAGCGGUGCUAUCACUCCAGACAUUUUCUUGAGGUAUUGUUAUUUCUUGUUCACAGAGUCUUAGAGCUCCAAGG